AUGGCAUAUUCGAUCUUUGCCGCAGCGAUAGCAUUUUGUGCUGGUGUCAUCUUUUAUAGAGUGUUGAUCUACCCAGUAUUUCUCUCCCCGCUAUCGAAGAUCCCCAAUGUGCACUGGAGUGCUUGCGUCUCACCGGUAUGGAUGCUCUGGAGGCGAUUCACAAGCAGAAACAACCGGACAAUUCAGGCCGCACACGAGAAACUUGGUCCUAUCGUUAGACUAGGGCCAUCGGAGAUCUCGAUCAACUGUGUUGAGGGAGGAAUCAAAUCAGUUUAUGCUGGCGGAUUUGAAAAGCAUGACUGGUAUCCACGAGUCUUCGCAUCGUUUGGAACAGUGAGCAUGUUUACCAUGACAGGAAGCAAGGCACACUCGAUUCGAAAGAGGAUGUUGUCCAACAUAUACUCCAAAUCAACUCUGCAGACAUCUCCUCAUAUGCGAGUAGUUUCAGAUACAGUCGUCUUCGAUCGACUGCUGCCAAUUCUUCAAGAAGCAGCAGUGUCCGGCAAAACUGUUGAUAUGCAUGAUCUGAACCAGGGACUGACAAUGGACUUCGUCUCUUCCUAUCUAUUUGGUUUGAAGAACGGCACUAAUUACCUGCAAGAUGACUCAGUGCGGAAGCACUGGCUUCACCUUUACAUGUGCCGAAAGCCAUUUGAGUUUUAUGCCCAGGAGGUCCCAUAUUUGGAUGGAUGGUUGCGACGGAUUGGUCUUCGCGUGAUACCCAAAUACUGUGACGAAGCCAAUGCAAUGCUUGAUGCCUGGACUCUGGACCUCUGCGACAGGGCCGAACAGAUAAUUUCAGCGACCGAACCGGGUGUCGAACCAACUGUCUACAAGCAGUUGAAGCAAUCCCUAGACAAGCAUUCCACAAAGAAUGGAGAAACAGAGCCAGACAAGGCCCAGCAGAGACUCGAUAUUGCUUGUGAGAUGUACGACCAGCUGACUGCUGGUUUUGAAACCAGUGCCGUUGGCCUCACUUAUCUAUUCUGGCAACUCUCCCGACACCCAGAAGUGCAGAACAAGCUCCGAGAGGAGCUACUCACCCUGAGUCCCACGAUCUCGUACCCAAAGACAGCCGAUCUGCCGCCAGCCAAGUCAAUCGAUAACCUACCCCUGUUGGAAGCGAUUGUGACAGAAACAUUGAGACUACAUGCUCCGAUCCCUGGCAUCCAGCCUCGGGUAACACCAUUUCCGUCGUGUACUCUGGCCGGGUAUGCAGAUAUACCACCUAACACCCGAGUAAAUGCGCAGGCAUAUUCAUUGCACCGCAACCCGGAGGUAUUUCCAGAUCCAGAAACCUGGCAGCCGAGGCGUUGGCUAGAAUCCGAAAACUCGACUGCCGAUCUGGAAGAGAAACGCCGGUGGUUCUGGGCGUUUGGUAGUGGGGGCCGUAUGUGUGUGGGAAGCAAUCUUGCACUGCAAGAAAUGAAACUGGCCGUGGCUGCGAUUUACACAAAUUUCCGCACCACCAUUGUCAACGAUGACGAUAUUGAAGCCAUCGAUGCUUACACGGUGAAACCGACAGGCGAUAAACUGAUCCUCAGGUUUGAGUCUGCCUGA